AUGAGCAGAAGCACCAACAAUAACAUUCCAGCCUAUUCUCCUCCUCUUCUUACCUAUCAUGAUCCGUAUGACUACUUCUUUGGAAUCAAUGACGAUAUUGGUGAAUGGCCUUUCGGACAAUCUAUUAGUCCCCUGUAUGAUAAUUUUCAAGCCACCCAAGCUACCAGAACAGGUGCAUCAGAUUCAAGGCGACCAUUUGAGGGAACGCAAGCACGAGCACGAGCACAACCUCUUGGCUUAGCAGGAUCAGCAGCACCGCCAGGUUCCCGAAUUCAUAUUCUGGUCCUUGGCGACGAAAUGGCAGGACAGGCAAACCCCUGGAGACAGAUCACCGGCAACCAAUGGAACGCAGCCGCCCCGUCUAGGCUGGAACUGGGCUCAAGAUUGAGCAACACUGAGCAAAAGCGGGCAUUGCAGAAGCUCAAAAAGGAAAUAUACAAACCUUUUAGGAGACUAUCACAGAGGGUCAACUUGUAUUACAGAGACACGGUUGUGAAUGCGAAUGAAAUGGAGAAGGAUGAAAAUAGCAAGAGGUGCGCCGUUUGCUUGGAAGACUUUGAGCCCAGACAAGAGGUUAUGCUCACACCUUGUAAACACAUGUUUCAUGAGGAAUGCAUUGUGCCAUGGGUGAAGAGCAAUGGCCACUGCCCUGUCUGUAGGUUUGCAAUAUGUGAGUAA